CAGUUCGAGCUGCGCACGCGCCGUGCGAGCGGCUACCUUCCUUCUGUGGGGCUCGCGGUCGGGCUGGGGGAACCCGCAGCACCCGCACCAUAGGUGGAGCGGGCCGGGAGCCGGUAAGCCGAGGUGUCUCGAGGGAGGAGCAGCGCGGGUAGUGCCGCCGUGCCUUCCGUGGCUGAGGAAAAUGGUGUUCGAGUCGGUGGUCGUGGACGUGUUGAACCGGUUCCUCGGAGACUAUGUGGUGAACCUGGACCAGUCCCAGCUCUCUCUGGGCAUUUGGAAAGGAGCUGUGGUCCUCAAGAAUCUUGUAAUUAAAGAAAAUGCAUUGCAUGAAUUGGAUGUACCAUUCAAAGUUAAAGUUGGUCGUAUAGGUAGCCUUCAACUUAAAAUUCCAUGGAAAAACCUUUAUACUCAACCAGUUGAAGCUGUUUUGGAAGAAAUUUAUUUACUCAUAGUGCCGUCUUCUAGAAUACAGUAUGAUCCUAUCAAAGAAGAAAAGCAACUCAUGGAAGCAAAACAACAGGAACUAAAAAGAAUAGAAGAAGCAAAACAGAAAGUAGUCGAUCAAGAAAAUCCUCAGGAGGAAAAACAAGACACUUUUGCAGAAAAGUUAGUUACUCAAAUCAUAAAGAAUCUUCAAGUGCAGAUUUCCAGUAUCCAUGUCCGUUAUGAAGAUGACAUCACAAAUCGAGAGAAACCCCUCUCUUUUGGUAUUUCUCUUCAAAAUCUCAGCCUUCAGACAACUGAUCAAUAUUGGAAUCCAUGUUUACAUGAUGAUACUGAAAAACUAGUUCGGAAGCUAAUCCGAUUAGAUAAUCUCUUUGCUUACUGGAAUGUGAAUUCUGAGAUGUUUUAUCUGAAUGAUUAUGAUGACGCAUUGGAAGCUUUGAAAAAUGGUAUUGUCAAUGAAAAUAUUAUUCCAGAAGGUUAUGAUUUUGUUUUUCGACCUAUAUCUGCUAAUGCCAAACUUCAGAUGAAUCCACGAUCAGAUUUUGACUUUUCUGACCCCAAAAUAAAUCUGGAUAUUGAGUUACAUACCAUAGUAAUUGAGUUUAAUAAACCACAGUAUUUUAGUCUCAUGGAACUUCUCGAGUCAAUUGACAUGAUGACACAAAACUUGCCAUACAGAAAGUUCAAGCCCAGCGUGCCUCUCCACCUCCAUGCCGAAGAGUGGUGGGCUUAUGCUAUACAUGGUAUUCUUGAAGUAAAUGUUUGUCCCAGUUUACGGAUGUGGUCAUGGGAACAUAUUAAAAACCAUAGAUACAAAAUGAAACAAUACAGAGAAUUUUAUAAGAAAAAGUUAACAAAUAAGAAGCCAUCUCCUGAAAUUCUCAUGUCUUUGGAGGAGUUGGAGAAAACCUUGGAUGUUUUUAAUAUAACCAUAGCUAGACAACAGGCAGAAGUUGAGGUAAAGAAAGCUGGAUACAAGAUUUACAAAGAAGGAUUAAAAGAUCCAGAAGAUAAUGCAGGAUGGUUUAGCUGGAUGUGGUCUUGGUCAGAGUCAAAUGCUAAUCAACAACAAGAUGUUAAACCUGGAAUUCUUGAAGAAAUGUUGACACCUGAAGAAAAAGCAUUACUUUAUGAAGCAAUUGGUUAUAGUGAAACUGCAGUUGAUCCAACCUUGCCAAAAACAUUUGAAGCCUUGAAGUUUUUUGUUCACUUGAAAAGUAUGUCUAUUGUUCUAAGAGAAAAUCGCCAAAAGCCGGAGCUGUUAAAUGUUGUAGUGGAAGGACUUAGUACUUCGAUUGUGCAAAGACCAGGAGCACAAGCCCUAAAAUUUGAAACCAAAAUUGAUUCAUUUCAUAUUACUGGCUUGCCAGAUGAUUUUAAAAAACCCCAUCUACUGUCUUCAUUGGAUGAUAUGUCACUCUUCCGGAUUACAUUUGAGAUAAAUCCUUUAGAUGAAACAGUUUCUCAGAGGUGCACCAUAGAGGCUGAGCCUUUAGAGAUGAUAUAUGAUGCAAGGACAGUCAAUAGUAUAGUGGAAUUCUUCAGACCUCCGAAAGAUGUCUGUCUAGCCCAACUCACUACAGCAACUUUGACAAAACUUGAAGAAUUUCGAGAGAAAACAGCAACAGGUUUGCUGUAUAUUAUUGAAACACAGAAAGUUCUUGAUCUCAGAAUUAAUGUAAAGGCUUCAUAUGUCAUUGUCCCACAAUAUGGAAAUUUUAGCCCUACAUCAAAUCUACUUCUCUUGGAUCUUGGUCAUUUAAAGGUGACAAGUAAACGUCGAUCAGAAUUACCAGAUGUGAAACCUAGUGGGGCCAGCCUUGAAGAUAUAAUGCAUAGGGCAUAUGACUCUUUUGAUAUUCAGCUUUCAAGCAUACAGUUGCUUUAUAGCAGAGUGGGUGAUAAUUGGAAAGAAGCACGAAAGCUCAAUGUAUCCACGCAGCAUAUUUUGAUACCUAUGCACGUCAAUAUAGAACUCUCUAAAGCCAUGGUGUUCAUGGAUAUCAAGAUGCCCAAAUUCAAGAUUUUUGGGAAGUUACCUCUUGUUUCAUUGCGAAUCUCGGAUAAAAAACUGCAAGGCAUUAUGGAAUUGUUGGAAAGCAUUCCAAAACCUGAACCUGUAACUGAUGUAUCUGCCCCUGCCAGGUCAUUCCAGAUUCAAGCAUCUACUAUGCCAGUGUCACACAUUUCUCAGAAGUUAAUCCCUUUAUUGGAGCAGUCUGCUACUGAAGAUGACUCAGAGGAGGAAUUUUUUGAUGCACCAUGUAGUCCCUUGGAAGAGUAUCCUCAAGUGUCAUGUAGCGUUGAAUCUACUCGACGGAAAAAAUUACAAAAGAAAGAUAGUUCAAUGAAUUUUGUUCAACUUAGCAUGCGAUUUGAAGUAGCAGAGGUGUUGAUUCAGUUCUAUCAUCUUGUGGGAGACUGUGAACUACCUGUGCUGGAAAUGGGUGUUUUAGGAUUGGGAACAGAAGUUGAGAUUAGAAAAUUUGACUUGAAAGGAAAUGCCUUUUUGAAAGAAUUAUGGUUAAAAUGUCCAGGAUACUUAGAUGAACACAAGAAACCAGUUUAUUUGAUCACGACUCUGGAUAACACAAUGGAAGAUUUAUUAACAUUGGAAUUCAUGAGGGUUGAAAAAAAUGCACCAAAUUUGAAUAGUACCUAUAACAAUGUUUUACAACUUAUUAAGGUGAAUUUUUCCUCUUUGGAUAUUCAUUUACACACUGAAGCACUUCUGAAUACAAUGAAUUAUCUUAAUAAUAUUCUCCCGGAAUUAGGGGAAACGUCUGCCUCAGUGUCUGCUGCAGAGCCUGAAGACAAAGGAGAUAUCAUUAAAAAACUUGCUUUAAAGCUACCCACGAAUGAAGAUAUUAUUACCUUGCAGCUUUUGGCAGAGUUAUCUUGUUUACGGAUUUUUAUUCAGGAUCAGAAACAAAACAUUUCUGAAAUUAAGAUUGAAGGGCUUGAUUCUGAGAUGAUUAUGAAGCCUUUAGUCACCGAAAUAAAUGCAAAACUAAGGAAUAUAAUUGUGUUAGAUUCUGAUAAAAUGGCUGUCUACAAAAAGGCUGUCUAUAUCACUGGAAAAGAAGUUUUCAGCUUCAAAAUGAUUUCUUACAUGGAUGCAACUGCUGGCUAUGCAUACACAGAUAUGAGUGUGGUUGAUGCUCGGGUUUAUUUAACUGUUGGUUGCAUUGAAGUAGUGUUCGUCACAAAAUUCCUAUAUUCUAUAUUGGCAUUUAUAAAUAAUUUUCAAGCAGUUAAAAAUGCCUUGGCUGAAGCAACUGUUCAAGCAGCAGGGAUGGCUGCUGAUGGUGUAAAAGAGCUGGCCCGAAAGAGUUCUAGGUUUGCACUGGAUGUUAACAUCAAGGCUCCGGUGGUGCUCAUUCCACAGUCUCCAGUGUCUCGGAAUGUUUUUGUUGCUGAUUUUGGAUUAAUUACAAUAAAAAAUAUAUUUGUUACCGUAACAGAGACCCAGAGUAAUAUUCCACCUGUAAUUGAUUUGAUAACAAUAAAGUUGAGUAAAAUGAGACUAUACAGGUCUCAGUUUAUGAAUAAUACAUACCAGGAAGUGCUGGACCUGCUAUUACCUUUGAACCUGGAAGUGAUUGUUGAACGAAACUUAUCUUGGGAAUGGUACAAGGAAGUUCCUUGUUUUAAUAUAAAAGCUCAGCUAAAACCCAUGGAGUUCAUUCUCAGUCAAGAAGAUUUAACAACUGUCUUUCAAACAUUGUAUGGCAAUAUAUGGUAUGGACGAGAUGUUCCCGCUCCAUCUUCUGUAAAUAAAGGCCCAGAGAUCAUGACCACUGAAGUCACCAGUACUUCCUACCAUUCGGGAGCUACUAUGGUGACCUCUGCUGUGGUGGAGGUGCAUCCACAGGCUUCCCCGGCUAACAUGACCCUGAAUGUGAGUUUCCAGACCGAUUAUCUCAUCAUGACACUUUACAGUCCAGGGCCAGACCAGGCCUCCUUUACAGAUGUUCGUGAUCCUUCUCUAGAACUUGCUGAAUUUAAACUGGAGAAUAUUAUAAGUGAUUUAAAAGUGUAUACAGAUGAUUCUAUAGUCUUUUAUUUCUCAUUAAAAAACUGUAUUUUAGAUGAUAAAAGGCCACAUGUCAUGAAAGCCACUCCUAGAAUGAUAGGACUGACUGUCGGCUUUGACAAGAAGGACAUGGUGGAUGUGAAGUACAGAAAAAUCAGAGAUGUUUUUGUGACUGAUGUAGUUGUCCAAGAGAUGUAUGUUUGUGCAAGCGUGGAGUUUCUGAUGACUGUUGCACGUGUCUUUUUUGAUGCCUACAUGACUAGUAUAGCUUUAGAAACCAGUGUUCAAACAUGGACUACUAGAGAAGCACCUGUACAGGAAUUAAGGAAGUGGGAAAUGAAUAUUCUUAUUAAAAACCCAGAAAUUGUGUUUGUGGCUGACAUGACAAGAAAUGAUGCUCCUGCCUUAGUCAUUACGACACAGUGUGAAAUUUGCUGCAAAGGAGAACCUGAAAGCAAUACGGUGACUGCUGCCAUUAAGGAUUUCCAAGUCAGAGCAUGCCCAUUUCUUCCGGUCAAGAGAAAGGGCAGAGUCACCACUGUUUUGCAGCCUUGUGACUUGUUUUAUCAGGCUACUCAGUUCGGUACAGAUCCACAAACGAUUGACAUAUCAGUAAAAUCUCUUACACUAAAGGUUUCACCAGUUAUCAUAAAUACCAUAAUAACUGUUACUUCAGCACUGUAUACAACUAAGGAGACUGUCCCCAAAGAAAGCACUUCUAAUGUAGCACAUUUAUGGGACAAGAAGGAUACAAAGAAUCUAAAAAUGUGGUUUCUUGAAGAAUCAAAUGAAACUGAAAAAGUAGUUCCCAAGGAUGAAGUGAUGCCAGGAGGAGAGACACUGAACUUAAAUAUUGAUUCUAUUUUUAUUGUUCUUGAGGCUGGAAUUGGUCAUAGAACAGUUCCAAUGCUAUUGGCAAAGUCAAGCUUUUUGGGGGAAAGCAAAAACUGGAGGACAUUAAUAAACCUUCACUGUCAGCUUGAACUGGAAGUUCACUAUUUUAAUGAAAUGUUUGGUGUUUGGGAACCUUUACUGGAACCCUUAGAAAUUGAUCAGAGUGAUGAUUUUAGACCUUGGAAUCUUGGCAUCAAGAUGAAAAAGAAAGCAAAAGAGGCCAUUGUUGAGUCUGAUAGUGAAGAAGAGAACUACAAAGUACCAGAAUAUAAGACCGCCAUAAGUUUUUUUUCCAGAGACCAAUUAAACAUUACACUGUCCAAAUGUGGCCUUGUGAUGUUAAGUAAUUUAGUUGAGGCAUUCACUGAAGCUGCUACUGGAUCUUCAGCUGUCUUCCUCAGAGAUCUAGCACCAUUUAUGAUUUUAAAUUCUCUUGGACUUACUGUCUCUGUUUCACCAAGUGAUUCUUUUCACGUACUUAAUGUUCCUUUGGCAAAAUCAUAUGAACUGAAAAACGAAGAAAGUUUAAGUAUGGAUUAUGUCCGAACUAAGGACAAUGAUCAUUUCAAUGCAAUGACCAGCCUAAGCAGCAAGCUCUUCUUCAUUCUCCUUACACCUGCUAACCACUCUGCUGCCGACAAGAUUCCAUUAACAAAAGUGGGACGCCGUCUGUACACUGUAAGACACAGAGAAUCUGGGGUUGAAAGAUCUAUCAUUUGUCAAAUUGACACAGUUGAAGGAAGUAAGAAGGUAACAAUCCGCUCACCAGUGCAGAUUAAGAAUCAUUUUUCAAUCCCAAUUUCCGUUUUUGAAGGAGAUACUUUUUUGGGAAUUGCUUCACCUGAAAAUGAAUUUAACAUACCAUUAGCAUCUUACCGAUCAUCCCUUUCCUUGAAGCCAGAAGAUGAGGACUACCACCUAUGUGAAGGAAUCGACUUUGAAGAAAUCAUAAAACAUGAUGGACAGCUUCUGAAGAAGAAAUGUAGACCUAUAAGCCCUUCUAAGAAAUCGUUUGUUAUUAAUAUUGUCCCAGAAAAGGAUAAUUUGGCUUCCCUGUCAGCGUAUUCAGAAGAUGGCUGGGACUUACCAUAUGUGAUGCACUUGUGGCCACCCAUCCUCAUCCGGAAUCUUCUUCCCUACAAAAUUGCUUAUUACCUUGAGGGCAUUGAGAAUACUGUUUGUACUCUAAGCGAAGGACAUUCAUCACAGAUCUAUAAUGUAGAAAUGGACCAGGCCAAGCUACACUUAAAAUUACUUGACUAUCUUAAUCAUGACUGGAAAAGUGAAUUUCAGAUAGAUCCUAACCAACAAGACAUCAAUUUCAUCAACUUUACCUGUCUCACAGAAAUGGAAAAGAGUGAUUUGGAUAUUGCUAUCCAUAUGACUUACAAUACUGGACAGACAGUUGUGGCAUUUCAUAGUCCAUACUGGAUGGUCAAUAAAACUAAUCGGAUGUUACAGUACAAAGCAGAUGGAAUUCACCGAAAGCAUCCACCUAAUUAUAAAAAGCCAGUUCUCUUUUCCUUUCAGCCAAACCACUUUUUUAACAACAAUAAGGUUCAGCUUAUGGUAACUGAUAGUGAACUUUCUGAUCAGUUUUCAAUCGAUACUGUUGGUAGUCAUGGAGCCAUUAAAUGCAAAGGCCUGAAAAUGGAAUAUCAAGUUGGUGUCACUAUAGAUCUCAGCAGUUUUAAUAUUACCAGAAUUGUGACAUUCAUUCCUUUUUAUAUGAUUAAAAACAAAAGCAGAUACCAUAUAUCAGUGACAGAAGAAGGAAGUGACAAAUGGCUUUCUCUUGACUUAGAGCAGUGUAUCCCCUUUUGGCCUGAGAAUGCCUCCGACAUUCUUCUUAUUCAAGUUGAGAGGAGUGAAGGUCCUCCGAAAAGGAUAUAUUUUAACAAGCAAGAUAGUUGUAUUUUAUUGCGACUGGAUAAUGAGCUUGGAGGUGUUAUUGCAGAAGUUAAUUUGGCUGAGCACUCUACAGUUAUUACAUUUUCAGAUUACCAUGAAGGAGCAGCUACGUUCCUAUUAAUAAACCAUACCAAGAGUGACCCUGUUCAGUACAACCAAAGUUCUCUGAGUGAAAUCGAAGAUUCCCUUCCUCCUGGAAAAGCAGUAUAUUAUACGUGGGCUGAUCCAGUGGGCUCUCGAAAGCUGAAGUGGAGCUGUGGGCAAAGCUAUGGUGAAGUAACACAUAAGGACGAUAUGAUGACGCCCAUAAGUGUGGGGAAAAAAACCAUUUAUUUAGUGUCGUUCUUUGAAGGCCUGCAGCGUAUUAUUUUAUUCACUGAAGAUCCAAGAGUGUUUAAAGUAACAUAUGAGAGUGAGAAGGCAGAGUUAGCGGAGCUGGAAGUUGUGCUGGCAUUGCAGGAUGUCGGGAUCUCACUUGUCAAUAACUAUACAAAGCAAGAAGUCGCUUACAUAGGCAUUACAAGUUCUGAUGUGGUUUGGGAGACAAAACCAAAGAAAAAGUCCAGGUGGAAGCCAAUGAGUGUGAAACACACCGAGAAGCUGGAGAAGGAAUUCAGGGAGUACACAGAGUCUUCGCCCUUGGAGGACAAGGUGGUUGAGCUGGACAGUAGCAUCCCAGUUCUCUUAACACCUAGUGGCAAUGACAUGAAAAUUCUGGAACCACAUGUGAUAGCUGUCCGGAGAAAUUACCUCCCAGCACUAAAAGUAGAAUAUAACACAUCUGCACAUCAGUCAUCAUUCAGAAUUCAGAUUUAUAGAAUACAGAUCCAAAAUCAGAUUCAUGGUGCUAUUUUUCCUUUCGUGUUUUAUCCUGUUAAACCUCCAAGGUCUGUCACCAUGGACUCAGCACCAAAGCCAUUUACAGAUGUCAGUAUUGUCAUGAGAUCUGCAGGACAUUCCCAAAUAUCACGCAUUAAGUAUUUCAAAGUGUUGAUUCAAGAAAUGGAUCUCAGGUUGGAUCUUGGGUUUGUGUAUGCCCUAGCAGACCUUGUCCCAAAAACCGAAGUGACUGAGAAAACAGAGGUGGAAUAUUUUCAUAGGGAUGUAGAAGCAUUUGAACAAGAAUUUGAAGUGGUUUCAUCAGUAGAUCAAUCACAAGCCAAUCUCUUUGAAUAUUUUCAUAUAUCUCCUAUCAAGUUGCAUUUGAGUGUUUCACUGAGCUCUGGUAGAGACGAAGCUAAAGAUACAGAACAACAUGGAGGACUAAUUCCUGUGCAUUCUUUAAAUCUUUUGCUGAAGAGUAUUGGUGCCACCCUUACAGAUGUACAAGAUGUAGUUUUUAAGCUUGCCUUUUUUCAACUCAACUACCAGUUCCAUACAACAUCUGAAUUGCAAUCUGAAGUAAUAAGACACUAUUCCAAACAGGCUAUUAAACAAAUGUACGUACUCAUUCUUGGACUUGAUGUUUUGGGAAAUCCCUUUGGCUUAAUUAGAGAAUUUUCAGAAGGAGUAGAAGCAUUUUUUUAUGAACCUUACCAGGGGGCCAUCCAGGGUCCUGAAGAGUUUGUGGAGGGAAUGGCACUAGGAUUGAAAGCCCUGGUUGGCGGAGCCGUUGGUGGACUAGCUGGCGCCGCCUCCAAAAUCACCAGUGCUAUGGCUAAAGGGGUAGCAGCCAUGACAAUGGAUGAAGACUACCAGCAGAAGAGAAGAGAAGCCAUGAAUAAGCAGCCUGCUGGCCUUCGAGAGGGCAUCACUCGAGGAGGGAAAGGCCUUGUCUCUGGUUUUGUAAGUGGCAUUACAGGGAUUGUUACAAAACCAAUUAAAGGUGCUCAAAAGGAAGGAGCAGCGGGGUUCUUCAAAGGUGUUGGAAAAGGUUUAGUUGGAGCAGUGGCAAGGCCAACGGGUGGCAUCAUAGACAUGGCCAGCAGUACCUUUCAGGGAAUCAAAAGAGCUACAGAGACUUCUGAAGUAGAAAGUUUACGACCUCCCAGGUUCUUUAAUGAAGAUGGAGUCAUCAGACCUUACAGGUUGCGCGAUGGUACAGGAAAUCAAAUGUUACAGGUCAUGGAAAAUGGAAGAUUUGCAAAAUACAAGUAUUUUACCCAUGUCAUGGUCAAUAAAACUGAUAUGUUCAUGAUAACAAGAUGUGGUGUGUUGUUCGUAACAAAGGGAACGUUUGGACAGCUCACAUGUGAGUGGCAGUACACUUUUGAUGAGUUCACCAAAGAGCCAUUCAUCGUCCACGGGAGAAGAUUGCGCAUCGAAGCAAAGGAACGGGUGAAAUCUGUAUUCCAUGCCAAAGAAUUUGGAAAAAUAAUUAACUUCAAGACUCCAGAAGAUGCUAGGUGGAUCCUUACAAAGCUGGAAGAAGCAAGAGAACCAUCCCCAAGACUGUGAAGAGAGAACAGUGUGCAGAGGCAUGGAAAUUUGUCAUUACAGUUCCCAUGCUGGACCUCCUAACUCCUAUGGAGAAGAGGAGUCAUUUCAGGGAUCCUAUGGGUUGUAGAUGCUUUAAAAAAAAAAAAAAAAGGAAUCAAUUGGGUAAACAGCUAUGUGAUUAAAGUGCAGAUGGUCCAUUCAGUUUCCUAAUCUGAAUCAUGCAUCCGGUUACAAUUCUUAAUAUUUUAUAAAAAGAAGUGUUUACUCCAGGAUCUCCUCAGCAGUGCCAGAAAGAUUGUUCACAGUCUAAUCAAGCAGAAUGUAGUUUUCCCAGUUAGCACUUCUCUCAUGCUUGCUUCCUCUCCUUCAGUGUAAUGGAGAAGGAGCACUUGUACUGCCUCAGUAGUGACAAGACUUUGAUAAUUUCUGCAGAAUCAUGAAGUUCUUUUUACAAAUAAAUAUUUUGGUAUUUUCCUUUUUUUAAACAAAUUAUUUGGAUUAUACAAACAUGCAUAGUAUAACUGUGAAAAAUAACUGUUUUUGAGAUUGAACAUAAUACCCCUUGGGCCAUAGACUAAAGAAAAGCUUUACAAACUGAAUAUCAUAACCCCAAAAAUAAAGACCCCUCCAGAUCCUUUUAGCCUUAGAAAUACUUCCUCAGGAGAACUCCAUGGAUUUACCCAGUUUGUUUUUUAACAGACAGUUGUUUUCAAAGUUAAAAAUUUGAAGCCUUAAUGUUUACCGUCUGUUUAUGGGUAACAAGAAUUUUAAAAAUACAAAAAUGAGAAACUCCGGCAUCUUAGCUAUAAUAAAUUAUGCUCUAAAAUGAAGAGCUCUUUGUUGAAUUACAUUGCAAACCCUACAAUUUAACCAGUCACCUACCCUGUCGCUUUAGGCUAAGGUAGUUAUCCAGGCAAGGAAAAGUGCUUGUUUAAACAUACAAGCUUGUCACUAUAAGAGUUGUGAGAUCUGCAGUAAUCGAAAACUAAGGCUGAAGGCUUCUCCCCUUUGGCUUCUGUCCAAGAUCUUUGCUCUUUACUAUUAAUGACUGUUUAUGUUAAACAGAAUGAACUGGAUGUCCAAUUGUGAGCUCUAAACAGAAUGUCUUAAUCGGUUAUUAAAUAACACACAGUGUUUAAUGUAUAUUGUAUGUUACCAAAUUGCUAUAAACUGGUGUUGAAAGUCUGUUUGGUCAAUGGA